AUGACACUCACCGUUUUCCCCGACCAGCCCAUUGACCUCCAAAUCGGCUGGCCCAACCCCGCGCUCCUCCCCGCCUCCAUCCUUUCCGACUCCGCUACGACCGUACUAUCCACUCCCUCCAUUGCAAACCCAGCUCUCCUCUACGGCCCCGACGAAGGGUACGGACCGCUGCGCACACAUAUAGCCGCAUGGCUGAGUGACUUCUAUCAGCCCCGCGAGCCGGUCUCAGCGCAGCGCAUCUGCAUCUCCGGCGGGGCCAGCCAGAACCUAGCAUGCGUGCUGCAAACCUUCACAGACCCGGUCUACACGCGGAAUGUAUGGAUGGUCGCACCGACGUACCACCUGGCCGCGCGCAUCAUGGAGGACUCGGGCUUCGCCGGGCGCCUACGCGGGAUCCCCGAAGAUGACGAGGGCAUCGACAUCGCGGUGCUGGAGAGCGGUUUGCGCGCUGCGGAGGAAAUCGCCUUGCGCGCUGGGAACACCGAGCCGUCACUGUGCCAUGCCACUGUACCAUCGUUUGUUGAGUUCCGGACUGAUACUGCCCCUCUUUCCCUGCAGAAAAUGAAACCGCCCAGGCCCUGGCGCAAAAUCUACAAGCAUGUCAUCUAUGCUGUGCCGACUUUUGCGAAUCCCUCAGGGAAGAUUAUGUCGCUGCGGAGACGGGAGGCGCUCGUUCGUCUCGCCCGGAAGUACGACGCGCUGAUCGUGACGGAUGAUGUGUAUGAUUUCCUUCAGUGGUCGGCCAAGCCGGAGGGAGAGGAGAAUUUCGGGGACCGCGCAUGUGUUCCGCGCAUUGUUGAUGUGGACCGCUACUUGGACGGUGGUCCACAGGAUGAAUGGGGACACGCACUGAGUAACGGCAGUUUCAGCAAGCUGAUCGGGCCUGGUGCCCGCACCGGCUGGGCGGAGGCUUCCGAAAAGGUUGCCUAUGGAUUGUCACAAACAGGCUCUUCCCGAUCGGGCGGCGCUCCCUCUCAAUUGUGCGCCGCUGUCAUUGACCAGAUGUUCCCUACAGGCAUCAUUCAGAACCACAUCCGCGACGUCCUCCAGCCGAAAUACGCCGAGCGCUACCACACCCUGCUAGCAGGGAUCAACGAACAUCUCGUCCCGCUGGGCGUCACAGCCCCACCAACCGCUGCCGCGGCCGGAGGUUACUUCAUUUGGAUUGGUCUACCAGCGCCAUUGCUCGCCGCCGACGUAGCCCAGGCAGCGCUGAGCGAAGAAAAUCUGCGUUUAUCGCCGGGGCAUGUUUUCCAGAUCCCGGGAGACCCGCAGGUGCCCGAUGAGGAGUUUGCAGAUCAUCUGCGCCUCUGUUUUGCGUGGGAAGAGCCACGACACUUGAGUGAGGGAAUGCGUAGGCUAGCGCGUGUUCUCCGCCGUAUGACUCGUACCCAGGUCUAG